UGACUUGAUAUUCCAUGUAUACAUUUACUGUGGAAGACCUGUGUUCGGAAAGGUUUUCGUAGAACUUUCUAUCUAGUACAACGUUUUCAAAUGAGCAUACAGUAUAUGUAACUGUAUAGUUGUAAUGAUGAACUAAAAAGGUUUAUGACAACGUUUCUAAGUUGGUAUCAUCGACGACGGUGUUUAGUACCAGCAGGGACGUAUGUUUAUGUCUUUGGUGGUAAAAAAGCAUAGAACUGUAACAGCCAGAAGCUUUGACCACUACAAAAAGACAUCUUAAUACAGACAUGGACGAUAUCUUUACGCAAGUGAGAGAAGGGAAUGCUUUUCAUGUACGGGUAUGGUUGGACAACACCGAGAACGACCUGAACCAGGGAGAUGACCACAGGUUCAGCCUGCUCCAUUGGGCAGCAAGGGAGGGGCGUAAUAACAUUGUGGACAUGCUCAUACAGAGAGGGGCACGCAUUAAUGCUACAAAUAUGGGGGAUGACACCGCACUACACUUGGCUGCCAGCCAUGGUCACCGGGACAUAGCUCUUAUGCUGCUCCACAACAAGGCAAAUAUCAAUGCUGUGAAUGAACAUGGAAACACUCCGCUGCACUAUGCAUGCUUCUGGGGACAUGACUUUGUUGCUGAGGACUUUGUUAACAAUGGAGCUCUUGUUGGCAUUGCUAACAAAUUUGAUGAGACACCACUGGACAAGGCAAAAACAAGAUUAGCUGAGGCCUUAAGAGAUCGAGCCUUACAACUUGGACAGGAUCUACAGAAAAUUCCGUUUAAGGAUCGCAGCUGGCUGGGUUACAAGACCAGGAGUAGGGAUGCCUUGUUGUCUAGACACACUGGUAUAGACAUAGCACAGCUGAACCUCAGUAAACAUGUAACCACAACGCACUCAGGGGAGCUCUGGCGGGGACAGUGGCAAGGCAAUGACAUCGUUGCUAAAAUACUCAAUGUCAGGGAAUGCACAACCCGUAAUUCACGUGACUUUCAGGAGGAAUUCCCUCGUCUGAGAAUUUUCAAUAACCCAAAUGUGUUGCCAGUCCUGGCUUGUUGUAACCAGCCCCCAAACUUGGUAGUGAUCAGUCAGUUCAUGCCCUAUGGCUCCCUGUACAACGUCCUGCAUGGAGAAACAGGUAUUGUCCUUGAUCAGAACCAGACAUUGCGAUUUGCCAUUGAUAUCGCACGUGGGAUGGAGUUUCUGCACUCAAUGGACCCCCUCAUCCCCAAUGUUGUUCUGACCAGUAAACAUGUAAUGAUUGACGAGGAUUUGGCAAAGAUAAAUAUAGAUGAUCCUAAGUAUUAUGGUCCGGAUGGCACGGUUAAUGGGAUUGAUGAAGACUUGACAGCAAGAAUUAACAUGGCUGACUACAAGUUCUCUUUCCAUGAGAAAGGCAAGCUGUACAAUCCAGCUUGGAUGGCUCCAGAAGCUUUGCAGCGUAAACCAGCAGACAUCAACCAACGUGCAGCAGAUAUGUGGAGCUUUGCUAUGGUAAUGUGGGAGCUGGAGACAAGGGAGGUACCUCACGCAGAUAUGGCACCGAUGGAGGUCGGCAUGAAGAUUGCAAUGGAGGGUCUACGCAUCAACAUCCCCCCAGGCAUUGCAUCACAUUUGUCGCGUCUCAUCAAGAUCUGUAUGAAUGAGGAACCAGGCAAACGCCCCAAGUUUGAUAUGAUCAUCCCUAUCCUGGAAAAAUUGAGGCAAAGAUAAAGAGAAACUCUUUGUUGUAUACAAGCGGGGGAGAAACUAGGAUGCAAUUGACAACAUAUUAAUGUAACAUAGUCUUUAUAUUCUCUGUGUCAGUGACAUGCUUAAACAACACUGGGCAACACUAACUUAUAUAUCAUGUUUGGUUUAUAAUGUAGUGUUGUCUACUGGAAGAGUGUGUUUUUGUAAGUUUAAAUUCUACACACAACUUAUACAAGGUUUUCUUUAAUGAUAAGAAAACACUGCAGCAGUCAGUGUACCUAGCAUAAAAAAAUAUGAACUAUGAAUUUAAAACUCCAAAGUGUGUGUUUUCAUUCAAUAGAAUUACACCCCUAGACUCCCCAACUGUCAACCUGUUAAAAAAUUACAACCAUGUUUCAAAGAUUUGAUUUCAAAAUAUUUUAACAUUUUUGUUAAUUUAUUAAAUAUUAGCUUUCAUAAGAUUUUUUUUGUUUUGUAAGUAACUUUUAAUGAGCAGACAGUUGUAACCAUGAAUGUGAAUACCAAUGGGAGUUUGUUUUACUAUUAUUUAAUAGCAUGGAAAACAUUAUCAAAUCUGAUGCUGAUAACAGUACAUUUCAAGCAGUUAGAUUUAUGCUGAGAAAGGACAGAGGGUAGGGUAUUGAAAAUAUACAGAAACUAAAACAUUCUGUAAUUAAUAUACACAUCAAGUGAUUUACUGUUACGGAAGGAAGCCUGUUUGAAUAUGUUUACUGACACAGGGAAAAGACUACAAUAUCUCGUAUGAUAUGGUGCUAUUAGUUAAAUAAUACCAAAAUGUAACUUUAUGUAACUUAUACAUGUUUAUAUAUGUAUGGUCAAAUAUUAUGACUUCUGCUUAUUUAUUUGCAUGAUUGUAUGUACAUGUGUAUGGUGUAUUUUUAUCUCGUAUUAUACAUUUUAAUGAAUUGAUAGCAUUGUCGUGAAAACCAAGUUCGUUAGCUUUACACAUACUUUUGUUAUAUAUGUUAAUAACUGCUUGCUUCUUUACCUAAAUUGAUGUAGUGUGACUUACUUAAUGUACAAUACUGCCAUUUUUAAUAAAUUGUUUACAGUGUAAGUUUUCACGGGGAUUGUAUUUCGUUGUUGUGGGGAUAUAAAUGAAGGAAAUAAUGAUAAAGUUUAAAUCAUAAAGGGAGUCUCAAUCUCCCUUUCAUCAUCGCAGUAGACAAUGCAUUAUUGACCCCAUUCAAUGAGAAUAGUUAGGAUGCACUCUUAUCCCUGGUUGCUGUGCCUUUUUCAUGUUGUGAUAUAUAAGUUUUGUUGAUAUGUACAGACAGAUUGUUUCUUUGAAAUACACAACAGAUAGCUUUAUGACAUUGAAUCUUAUUUUGUGAACUGCAACAAAAACAUUUCUGCAUUGCUUCAGACAGAAUCUGACAAUCUCGCAUCAUAUUUUUUACUCCACUUUAUUAGAUUUUCAUUUCUUGCUCAUCCAUUUUAUUAGCUUUUUCAUUUUUUUUGCUCAUAGUGAAAACAUCAAAUGCAUAAAGAAGUAAAAAUGUUACAAUUUCAGACAGAAUUCAUCAAUACUCAAUAUCAGUCUUCCAUAAAUUAUCUCCAGAACAAUCCAAAGUUGUAUGAUGCUGUAAAAUUUUUUUUUUAAAUCGUCCAGAGAAGUGAGCAAAUAAAGAUGAAUAAUUAUGAUAGUAUUGUAUAACAUAUAUUCAUUAAUUCAAAACAAUUAAUUAAUUCUAAGGUAACUUUGUUGAUUGAAGCAUUUUUUUUAUCCGGUGGUUAUUGUCCUUUAUCACAGUUCAGUUUUAAUCAACAAGUAGUAUCAGAAUCUGAAUACCUUUACACAAGUUUUCCUGCAAAAUGAGAUUAUAUAAGUGAAUAAUUCACAAAGUCGACUAUUUAUAGAAAAUAAUAGAAAAUAGUCAGUGUUAAGUAGAGUGCUUUAAAAGGUAAUGAAAGGUCUUUAGGAAUACAUGUAAAAUUAUCUGUAAACAUUGAUCUCAUUAUCAUGUGUUGUUUAAACAUUGAUAUCAGUUUACAAAAUAGAAUGAUCUGGAAAUGUGUUACAGAUACUCCCUACAAUAGUCACAGGAAAUGCCCAAUGUUAUAUGUAAUAUGUGUGUAUAAAUUUACUGUGCCUUUUGUUAUUACUUUCCGAUCUAAAAUUAAAUGCUGAUUAUUUUAUAGCAAAUUUAAUGGUUGAAUAUAUUAUUUUACAUGAAAAUAAAUACAUUUGUAUUUGAAGAAUUGAUUAAGAAAUUUUUGUUACACAAAAUAAACUGUGGAAUUUGAAAUACUUAAACAAUUUCAUAUAUGAAUUAGGAAUACAAGAUUAUUUGCUCAAAAUUGAACUAAAGAAACAAAGCGCUGUCAUAUGCUAAAGCAAAUUUUCUUACAUUGCUAUUUUUUCUCCAGAGAAAUUGCAAUAAUAACACAUUCAAUAUGUGUUUGAUCAAGCUAUGAAGAAAAUAUUGUAAACGUAUUCAGUUUUGGUAAUCAAAUUUUAGCUCUUUAUUACUUUUUGGCACAUUAGCGCAUUCACAAUGGUUGUUACAUAGAUAACAGUCAGACACUGUAAUUAGCCCAAUACUUUCAGGGCAAAAACCACUAAAAUAAACUAUCGCCAAAAUAUGUACGUUUACAUUAUAAUGUUGAUGAUGUUACUUGUAGAACAAGGUAUAGAACUGUAUAGAUUUAUCUGCAUUAAAAAAAUCUUACUCAAAA